AUGCAGGUCAAGAACAUCCUUUCUCUGGCCUUGGCCAGUGUUGCGUUCGCCCAGAACGACGGCCAACCUAGCUUGACCGCUGCUCUUGCUGCCCAGAACUCCAGCUUGUCAACGCUCACUACCCUUCUUGGUAGCCAGCCAGGCCUUGUCCAGGCUCUCUCACAAGCCCAGAACAUUACCAUACUGGCCCCCAACAACCAGGCCCUCGAAGCCUUCAUCGCUAGCGCCGGCGCUGCUGCCACAGACGCUGGCCUCGUUGCUGCCAUUCUUCAGUAUCACGUUCUGAACGGCACGCACCACGCAUCGCAAUUCACCGAGGAGCCUCAGUUCAUCCCUACUCUUCUCCAGAACGAGACCUACACAAACGUCACCGGAGGCCAGCGCGUCCAGGCCCAGACCGUUGACGGUAAAGUCACUUUCUACUCAGCCCUCAGAGAGGCCUCAACCGUUGUCAGCGGCAAUGUCAACUUCACCUCCGGUACUAUACAUAUCAUUGACAAGGUUCUGAGCGUCCCUAUGGGAAUUGCCGACACACUCCGCGCUGCUAAUCUCACCGCCGCCCUGGGCGCCGUCCAGGCAGCCAACGUUGCUGGAGCCCUCACCUCCGCCAAGGACCUCACCAUCUUCGUUCCUAACAACGAGGCCUUCCGUGCCGUCGGCAACCUCUCCGCCGCUCUCGGUCCCGAGCUUGCUAAGAUACUCCAGUACCAUGUGGUCGCUGGCUCUGUUCUCUACAGCCCCGAUAUCACCAACACCUCGUUGACCACCCUUAGCGGCGCUAAUAUCACGAUCAGCGUCGUCGAUGACAAUGUAUUCGUCAACAAUGCCAAGGUCGUUACGCCCAACGUUCUUGUUGCCAACGGUGUGGUCCAUGUCAUCGACAACCUCCUGAACCCUAACAACACUGAAUCUAUGCCUGACACAUCCGCCGUCAGCCGCCCCCCCGCCUACACCGAUGCUGGCCCUGCUACUGACGGCAGCAACCCCUUCACUAGCGGUGUCGCUGGACCAACCUCAACCGCCCCCAUCGCUACUGAGACCGGCGCCAACAACGGCGGUGGUGUCCGCUCUACCUCGUCUUCUACUGAGGCCGCGCCCAUGCGCACUGCCGCGGUCGGUGCUGCUGCUUUGUUUGGAGGAAUGGCUGCGUACAUGAACAUUUAG